AGUAUCCUUUUUGGCCCAAAGAAGAAAACACGUGUUUUUUUUGGCCAUCGCCCAUCGCCUACAAGUUUUGGCUGUUGCCGCCCAGCUUCGCCGCAGGUGAGUGGGGUGGCUGACAAAGCAGCUAGCCGCACCCGGCUGCCUUGUGGAAAAAGGCAUGGGCUGCUCUUUGGGUGGAAAGAAGGUUCAUCCAAACGACAAGGAAUAUUCCGACGUUGUGCCAGCUGAUGUGUCGCCUCGUCGAAACAGUGAAAAUGAGAGUGAGCCAGGUGCGCCAUCUGGCCAAGGUCUAAGAAAAGACAAGAAGUUGCCAAGAGUAAUUCGCGGUGGGAAGGACCCUGCCGCGCCAAAAUCAGUUAAGGGCACUGUCAGCGCUGAAAACCGGCGCUUUAUCCUGAAGGUGCUGCAAAAGCAUUUCGUCUUUGGGAAUUUAGAUGAUGAUGAGCAGGAGAUGGUGGUCGACCACUUCGAGAUGCAGAAAGCUGGCCCAGAUGAGCUAAUCUUUGCUCAACAUGAGGUUGGGGAUUGCUGGUACAUCAUCCAGAGUGGUAGCUUUGAAGUCUGUGUGGAUGACAAAGCUGUCAGACAACUGCGCUCCAAGCAUAGCUUUGGUGAAUUAGCUAUGCUCUACAGCGUGCCAAGAACAGCCACGGUCACCUGUAAAGAGAAAGGGGUGCUUUGGAAGAUGCACGCAGAUCAAUUCAGAGUUUGCAUGGAACAGUUGAGCUCCAAGCACAUGAAGCGGGCGCUGGACUUCUUUGAGUCCGACUCAACCUUUAAAUACAUGUCCAAGGAGGAGAAGAGCAUCCUAUCGACCUCAUGCUCUGUCCAGAACUUCGCUGCGGGUGAAGUGAUCCUGAGAGAAGGGGAAGUUGGCGAGUGGAUGUUUAUUGUCAUCGAGGGGACUGUGAAAAUUGUCGAUCAGUUCGGGAACUCUGAGAUCAAGAAGCCCGGUGCAUUGCUAGGCAGCUCGGGGGUGAUGUACUCUAGCCUAAACUGCAGUGGUGCCAGUGCGGUUGACAAAGUGACUUGCUUGGCUUUGGGCAGGAAAUCUUUGGAAAGCUUGCUGGGGCCAGGAGGCAGUGUGUUACGGAGAAGUGCCAUCAAGGCUUUAUUGAUGGACAACGUCGAAAAUGUUGACUACUUCAAACAGCUCACUGAGAAGGAGUUACAUGAGGUCGUAGAUCGGUUCGAAGAGGCUUCCUUCGCUGCUGGUUCCCCGAUCGUAUCUGCUGGAGCUCCUGCCCAACUCCUCGUGGUUGUCGUUGGGCAGGUGGCCGUGAUGGGUGCAGAUGCAGCAGCAGCGAGCACGCCUGAAGAGCUAGCCGCCAAGGCUGUGUCAGUUCUGAAGCCUGGCCAGCUGCAUGGGGCGCAGUCACUACUGAACAACACACCCAUGGAGUACAGGCUGGUGGCGAUGGAAAACACACAGCUCCACCGUGUAUCCCAUACCAUGGUGUCACAAGUGCUUCAAGGGGACCUUGGUGAGAUUGUCAAGAUGAACGAGAUCAAGCGCGUUCUCGGUGACAUUUUCCUAUUUAAAAACCUGCAGAAUGAUCAGAUGGAGCGCGUGAUUCGGAGCUUCGAAAAAUGUGAGUAUGCUUCUGGAGAAGUGGUGGUAAAGCAGGGGGCGCAGGCCAACCACUUUUACCUCAUCCAAAGCGGUGCAAUUGGUGUUUCUAGAGAUGGGCAGCGACUUCGAGUGUUGCUGAAAUGGGACUAUUUCGGCGAGCGAGGCUUGCUGCUGCAGGAGAACCGCUCUGCCACCUGUGAAGCUGACGAACCCUCCACUCUCCUUCGCCUCGAAAAGGCUGUCUUCGCAGAUAUCGUCGGCACUUUCAGAAAGGAAUUGGAGCAUCGCAUGAUGCUGCAAGACCUCAAGAUUGAAAUGUCAGAUCUCUAUGUGAAGGCGGUUGUUGGUCGAGGAUCUUUUGGAUUGGUGAAGCUGGUGUUCCACAAGCGUGACAAGCAAAAGUACUAUGCCCUCAAGUGUAUUGGAAAGAAGCAGGUUGUGCAGCAGAAGCAAGAAAAGUCAAUGCUCCUGGAGCGUGAGAUUAAUGCGCAAUGUUAUCAUCCGUGCAUCAUGCACUUCAUCACAACUUUCCAGGACAGCAAGAACGUCUAUUUCUUGACGGAGCUUUUGGGAGGAGGUGACUUGUUCACAGCCAUCCGCGAAAUCGGCAAUCUUAGCAAGCGACAGUCGCAGUUUUUCGGGGGUUGCAUCACUUUGGCGUUAGAGUACUUGCAUGCUCGGUCGAUCAUGUACCGGGACCUGAAGCCGGAGAACGUGGUGCUGGAUUUCCGGGGAAAUGCGAAGCUUGUUGACUUUGGAUGCUGCAAAAAGUCUUUGCAGUCCAACACACUAGUUGGGACGCCGGAGUACUUUGCGCCUGAGAGCAUCAUUGGAAAAGGUUACACGUGUGCUGUGGAUUGGUGGGCGUUGGGAGUCAUGAUGCACGAGUUCAUCGUGGGGCCACUCCCCUUUGGCAGGGAUUCUGAUGAUCAGUUGCAGCUGCUCAAGGAGAUCAUGGAGGCACCGCUGGCAUUUCCAAGCUAUAUCACGGACAAGACCGCAAUUAGUUUGAUCUCGCAGCUCUUGGAGCGAACCCCUGAGCUGCGCUUGUGUGCUUCCUCUCAUGGAGCCAAGGACCUUCAAGAGCAUCCGUACUUUUCAGGCUUCAAUUGGAACAGCCUUGCUGGUCAGUCCCUCCAAGCACCUUGGUUACCAGACCGGCGGAAGAUUCAGGAGGGAUGGGAAAUUCCUCCAGAUGCUGGAAAGCCGGUUUGCCCUGAACAGGGGGACCCUGACAGUCUUCUGGAAGAUCCUGCCAUGGAUCUUUGGUGGAAAAGUGCGCAUACCAAUAGAUUGAAAGCCCUCAGUUCCAAAAACCAACCACUAGAACGGUGAGUCACGCAUUCUAUGCACGUUGUGGUAGGUCUCCUUUGAGCUCUGCGUGUAUUCUUGCAGGUGCUGUUUGCUUGCACUUGCAGGCGCAACAGCUCGAAUCAGCUAAGGAAUGGGCCAAGGCCUUCUGAGAGAAUAUCGUGAAAGUGCACAAUUAAAAACCACCACACUUCUCCUAAUCGUCAGCGUUUGCCCUGACUUCACGUUCCAAAGCAUGUGUCACUCAACGCUUAUUGCGCAUGGCGCAAGCAAUUCAAGACGACAUCCCAGAGCAUUCGUUCUGGGACAAAGCGGAGUUGCUUUGGAAUCAGCUUCGUCCACCCCACCACAGUUGCCCUCAAGAAAAGAUGCAGCAAGGACUCCUUGGGAGUUGAUGCUGGAUGCACUAGUUGUCAGAAGAGACGAAGCUUUCGUGGCAGUCAGCUGCCAAGCAGCAAGUGAGGCACUGCUCAGCCUUGCGAUUGCCCGGAUGUACAUUUGAGGCAUCUCUGGUAGGAGACAGUAAGCUUUGUCCCCUGCACGUGCCGCGGCUAGGAAAUGUUUGGAGUUGCUUCUCACCCUGCUUCCCCUGAACCUAUAUUCCGACCUUGUUUUGCUGCGUGAAG